UUCCCUACUCUUCGCUCGACGCUUAAAUUCCAGUUCGGGUCGCGAGAGGGGGUUUGUGCUUCUGAGGUCCGGUUCCGCGGGCGACGCAGGCGCAGCGCGAGCGGCGCGCGCGACCGCUCAGCUUUGGUUGUCGUAUUUUCUUGGCCUUUCUUCGGCCCGUUUGCUGAGAGCCCCGCGUUUCCCUCUUACCCUCCUCGCCGUCUUCGUCUCUCGCCCGAGGCCCAGGUCGCCUCAAAACAAGCCCGCCCGAGCGCGAAUCCAACGGCCGCGGCCGCUCCCAGGCCUCUUCAGACCACGCCAUGGGUGACAGUGAUGACGAGUAUGAUCGAAGGCGCAGGGACAAGUUUAGAAGAGAACGCAGCGACUAUGACCGUUCCCGCGAGAGAGAUGAACGACGUCGAGGGGACGACUGGAAUGACCGAGAAUGGGACCGUGGCCGUGAGCGCCGCAGUCGGGGUGAAUAUCGUGACUAUGACCGGAAUCGGCGAGAGCGCUUCUCGCCUCCCCGCCAUGAACUCAGCCCCCCACAGAAGCGCAUGAGGAGAGACUGGGAUGAGCACAGCUCUGACCCAUACCACAGUGGCUACGAGAUGCCCUAUGCUGGGGGGGGUGGGGGCCCAACUUAUGGCCCCCCUCAGCCCUGGGGCCACCCAGAUGUCCACAUCAUGCAGCACCAUGUACUGCCUAUCCAGGCCAGGCUGGGCAGCAUCGCAGAGAUCGACCUGGGUGUGCCACCACCAGUAAUGAAGAGCUUCAAGGAGUUUCUCCUCUCGUUGGAUGACUCUGUGGAUGAGACGGAGGCAGUCAAGCGGUAUAAUGAUUAUAAGCUGGAUUUUCGAAGGCAGCAGAUGCAGGAUUUCUUCUUGGCUCAUAAAGAUGAGGAGUGGUUUCGGUCUAAGUACCACCCAGAUGAGGUGGGGAAGCGUCGGCAGGAGGCCCGGGGGGCCCUGCAAAACCGACUAAAGGUAUUCCUGUCCCUCAUGGAGAGUGGCUGGUUUGAUAAUCUGCUUCUGGACAUAGACAAAGCUGAUGCCAUUGUCAAGAUGCUGGAUGCAGCUGUGAUUAAGAUGGAAGGAGGCACAGAGAAUGACCUUCGCAUCCUGGAGCAAGAGGAGGAGGAGGAACAGGCAGGGAAGCCCGGGGAGCCCACCAAGAAAGAGGAAGGCCGGGCUGGACCAGGCCUGGGGGAAGGAGAGUGCAAGACCAACGAUAAGGACGACAAGAAAGAAGGUGGCAAACAGGCUGAAAAUGACAGUUCUAAUGAUGACAAAACUAAGAAAUCUGAGGGUAAUGGGGACAAAGAGGAGAAAAAAGAAGACUCUGAGAAGGAAGCUAAAAAAAGCAGCAAGAAGCGGAAUAGGAAGCACAGUGGUGACGAUAGCUUUGACGAAGGCAGUGUGUCUGAGUCUGAGUCUGAGUCCGAGAGUGGCCAUGCUGAGGAGGAAAAGGAGACUGAAGAAGCACUCAAGGAAAAGGAGAAGCCCAAGGAAGAAGAAAGGGAGAAGCCUAAGGAUGCCGCAGGGCUGGAGUGUAAGCCCCGACCCCUGCAUAAGACAUGCUCUCUCUUCAUGCGCAACAUCGCGCCCAAUAUCUCCAGGGCUGAGAUCAUUUCUCUUUGUAAAAGAUACCCAGGCUUUAUGCGUGUGGCACUAUCGGAGCCCCAGCCAGAAAGGAGGUUUUUCCGUCGUGGCUGGGUAACUUUUGACCGUAGUGUGAACAUUAAAGAAAUCUGUUGGAACUUGCAGAAUAUUCGACUCCGGGAGUGCGAGCUGAGCCCUGGUGUGAACAGAGACCUGACCCGCCGCGUCCGCAACAUUAAUGGCAUUACCCAACACAAGCAGAUUGUGCGCAAUGACAUCAAGCUGGCAGCCAAGCUGAUCCAUACACUGGAUGAUAGGACCCAGCUCUGGGCCUCUGAACCAGGGACACCUCCCCUGCCAACAAGCCUGCCCUCGCAAAACCCGAUCUUGAAGAAUAUCACCGACUACCUGAUCGAAGAAGUCAGUGCCGAGGAGGAAGAGCUGUUGGGAAGCAGCGGGGGAGCCCCCCCAGAGGAGCCUCCUAAGGAAGGGAACCCGGCUGAGAUCAAUGUGGAGCGGGAUGAGAAGCUGAUCAAGGUUUUGGACAAACUCCUUCUCUACUUGCGCAUUGUGCAUUCUCUAGAUUAUUAUAACACCUGUGAGUACCCCAAUGAGGAUGAAAUGCCUAAUCGUUGUGGCAUAAUCCACGUUCGGGGGCCCAUGCCACCCAACCGCAUCAGUCACGGAGAAGUGCUAGAGUGGCAGAAGACAUUUGAGGAGAAGCUGACUCCAUUGUUGAGUGUGCGAGAGUCUCUCUCAGAGGAAGAGGCCCAGAAGAUGGGUCGAAAAGACCCUGAACAGGAAGUGGAAAAGUUUGUCACCUCUAACACCCAGGAACUGGGCAAGGAUAAGUGGCUGUGUCCUCUUAGUGGCAAGAAAUUCAAGGGUCCUGAGUUUGUACGCAAACAUAUCUUCAACAAGCAUGCGGAGAAAAUUGAGGAAGUAAAGAAGGAGGUGGCAUUUUUUAACAACUUCCUCACCGAUGCCAAACGCCCCGCUCUGCCUGAGAUCAAGCCAGCCCAGCCACCUGGCCCUGCCCAGAUACUCCCCCCAGGCCUGACCCCGGGACUCCCCUACCCACACCAGACUCCCCAGGGCCUGAUGCCCUAUGGUCAGCCCAGGCCCCCCAUCUUGGGCUACGGAGCUGGUGCUGUCCGCCCUGCAGUCCCCACAGGAGGUCCUCCGUACCCCCAUGGCCCAUAUGGUGCUGGCCGAGGGAACUAUGAUGCCUUUCGAGGCCAGGGGGGUUAUCCUGGGAAACCUAGAAACAGGAUGGUUCGUGGAGACCCACGAGCCAUUGUGGAAUAUCGUGACCUGGAUGCCCCAGACGAUGUUGAUUUCUUUUGAGCCGUCCACUUUCCUCACUCUUGGUACCACCUGAACUUGUUACUGCCUUGUCCCACCCAGCUGAGAAUUUUUUGUACGAACAGCCCUACCACGAAUAAAAGCACUUCCAUAGUGA